GUGCGUCGGCCGGCGCGCGUCAGUCGGUCGGGGCCCUGGGCUGACGUCGUUGGACCUGCUGGGCCCCGAGCUUGCGCCCCGGCUCCCGCCCGUCCUCCUCCGAGCGCCCCGCACUUAGGCAACCCCGGCCCCGAGCCCAGCCCGGCGCGGAGCCCAGCCCGGCCCGCCGCCGCAGCGCCCUCCCUCCGGCGCCAUGUCGCAGAGCGGGACCCCCGGAAUGCAGGAGGAGAGCCUGCACGGCUCCUGGGUGGAGCUGCACUUCAGCAGCAACGGCAGCGGGGGCGGCGUGCCCGCCUCGGUCUCGCUCUACAACGGGGACAUGGAGAAGAUCCUGCUGGACGCCCAGCACGAGUCGGGGCGGAGCAGCUCCAAGAGCUCGCACUGCGACAGCCCGCCUCGCUCCCAGACCCCACAAGACACGAACCGCGUGUCGGAGACGGACAGCCACAGCACGGGGGAGAAGAACAGCUCUCAGUCGGAGGAAGACGACAUGGAGAGGCGGCGGGAAGUGGAGAGCAUCCUGAAGAAGAACUCGGACUGGAUCUGGGACUGGUCGAGUCGGCCGGAGAACAUCCCCCCCAAGGAGUUCCUGUUCCGGCACCCCAAGCGCACGGCCACGCUCAGCAUGCGGAACACGAGCGUCAUGAAGAAGGGCGGCGUCUUCUCGGCCGAGUUCCUCAAGGUCUUCCUGCCGUCCCUGCUGCUCUCGCACCUGCUGGCCAUCGGGCUGGGGAUCUACAUCGGGCGGCGGCUGACCACCUCCACCGGCACCUUCUGACGAGCGGCUGCGACGGCGGCUUCUCCCAGGGGAGCGGGGCUCCGGCCGGCGGAGGCACUGCUGCCCUGGUCCCCGGGGGCUGGCCGCCCGCGGGUCUGCUCUGUAAAUGCUGUGUGC